AUGAGUGUGGGUCUCUACGUCAACACCCACAUCCCAGCAGGGGGCGCGGCCCCCCCAGGGGGGGGAAGUGACGUCAAACAGCUCAAGCAACAAGUGCUCGAUAGAAAUUCCUUGGGCGGCCAUUAUCUCGGCAUCAUCGUCCCAACUGCGGCCGGAGCUUUAAAGCUGCGGGGAGUGUCGGGCGGAGGUCGCGGGGCGGCGAGAAGCCUCCGCCCGCUAGUACCGUGUCGAGCGGCCGACUCGAAGGCUGCUGUACUGUGA